AAUGUCAGUUUGCGAAAUUUGACAGUAUUUAUUUCAUUCACUUUGGGAAUUUAAAAAUUUAUAUUUCCUAACCUCUUGUCUUGUAAUAUUUCAGCUUUAUUGCCGAUUGAAUUCAACUAUUUAAUGGAUUAAAUUUUCAUCCCAUAUACAAUAUUAGCAGGUGAAAAUGGCUUUCCAAAGAUGUUUUCUGCAACUUACAAAACAAUACAUGUCCAGGAGCAUUUACCAACCUAAUGUCCGACCAACAUGCUGUCAAAUGUACCAUAAUUACAGUACUGAUGCCCCAAGGAAAUUCUCCGAUAGACAUGAAUGGGUAAUUGUAGACAAUAAUAUUGGAACUGUGGGUAUUAGCAAGUAUGCACAAGAAUCUCUCGGGGACGUGGUGUUCGCACAACUACCUGAACCAGACACGGUAGUAGAGGAGGGAGACGAAUGUGGAGCCCUUGAAAGUGUGAAAGCAGCUAGCGAAAUAUAUUCUCCUGUCUCUGGCACAAUCACUGAGAAAAAUGUUGAAGUUGAGAGUAAACCAGCCCUUAUUAACACUAAUUAUUAUGACAAAGGCUGGUUGUUCAGGGUGAAGUUGACGAACCCUGAGGAAUUGAAACAGUUGAUGACUGAAGAGCAGUAUGAGACGUUCCUCAAAACCGAUGUGGAUAAGGAUGACAAAGAAAAAGAGAAACAAAAAGAAACAGACACAUAGUUCCUUAUUUAUUUACUUUUCUGUUUUAUUUAUUAGUUGUUAUAGAGAAUAAUAAAGUAUGUUAUGUUAA